AUGAGUCUCGAAGAAACAAUUUGCAUGAAUUAUAAACUUGAGAUGCCGAAAUUUAAUUCAUUUGAAGAAGAACGGCAGCAUAGAAAACAACACAUGGCCGCAGCAUUUCGUCUUUUUGCAAAAUACGGGUUUGAUGAUGGAUUCGUUGGUCAUAUUUCAUGUCGAGAUCCGGAAUUUCCCGAUCGUUUCUGGUUAAAUCCGUUGGCCAUGCAUUUUUCGCAAAUUAAAACUUCCGAUUUAGUAUUAGUGUCGCAUGAUGGUGAACUACUUUCACAAAAUAAGGGAAAAAAAAGCUUAAUCAAUCGCGCUGCCGUAUCGGCUCAUGCAGAAGUACACGAAGCUAGACCUGAAGUCGUUUCUGUCUGCCAUUGUCAUACAGUGUAUGGACGCGCUUUUUCUUCCCUCGGUCGUCCACUCGAUCCUAUUACUCAAGACGCUUGUGUUUUUUUUAAUGAUCACACAGUAUUCGAUGACUUUAGUGGCGUGGUAUUUGAAAAGAGCGAGGGCUCUCGUAUAGCACAAGCUCUUGGACCCCGUAAAGCUAUUAUUCUUCAAAAUCAUGGAUUGCUGACUGUUGGACAUUCGGUAGACGAAGCCGCAUGGUGGUUUAUCGCAUUGGAGCGCGCUUGUCAAGCACAGCUACUUGCUGAUAGCGCUUGUGCUAAAGGUGUAAAGCCUAUUAAAAUUAACGAAAAAUAUGCGAGAAAAACGCAUGAUUUCUUGGGGACGCCAUUCGCCGGAUGGCUCAAUUUUCAGCCACUUUACGAAAUGAUUGUUUCUGAACAACCUGAACUUUUGAAAUAG